UACGUUAUAGUCCUUCAGACGUAUAUAGUGAUCUGUGGUUAUAGUCAUGGUCAACAACAAACAAAAUAAAAUAAUAAUUAACGCAACCGCCAACAAUUUACAAUGUUUACAACGUUAUUAACUUAAGUUAACGACACUCAGUGAUAGUUAAGUACCUACAUUUAGAAAAUAAUUUUGCGGUGAGAGGUUUAUUUUGGAAAAAUAGGAAUAGGAAAAUAUAGGAUGUCUGAAAACUAUUUGCCUCUUAUAUUAGUCAGUGCGUUAGAUUUAGCAACCGCUUCGAAAUUAAUAUCAGAAAUAAUCGACAAUGAAGUGACAGAUAGUGACAGAAAACAGCGCAACGGCAGAGUGUGGCGCCUCGUCAACAAAUACUACCGCGCGGACGUGGAGCUAUGCCCGGCGCCCGACGGCGCGCCGCUGCCGCCCGCCGCCGAGCUGCUCGAGGCGCACGUCAUCUGCGUCACUGAGCAGGGCGCAGCGGCGGCGGCGGCGGCGGAGGCGCGGCGCGCGGCGCACGGCGCGGGCGCGGCCGUGCGGCUCGUGCUGGCGCCGGGC